AUUUAUUUAUUUCACCUUUAUUUAACCUGGUAGGCUAGUUGAGAACAAGUUCUCAUUUGCAACUGCGACCUGGCCAAGAUAAAGCAUAGCAGUGUGAACAGACAACACAGACUUACACAUGGAGUAAACAAUUAACAAGUCAAUAACACAGUAGAAAAAAAGAGAGUCUAUAUACAUUGUGUGCAAAAGGCAUGAGGAGUUGUACAAUGGACGCUACAGAGUUCCGGAGGAGAGGGAAGGAGAUGGUAGACCUGAUAGCAGAUUACCUGGAGAACAUAGAGCAGAGGACGGUGUACCCCGACGUGGAGCCUGGGUACCUGCGGUCCCUCAUCCCUGAGGAGGCCCCUGAGGAGCCUGACACCUACGAGGACGUGGUCAAAGACAUUGAGAGGGUCAUCAUGCCUGGGGUGACCCACUGGCACAGCCCGUACUUCUAUGCCUACUUCCCCACGGCGAACUCCUUCCCGGCCAUGCUGGCAGACAUGCUGUCUGGAGCUAUUGGUUGCAUCGGAUUCUCCUGGGCUGCCAGCCCGGCGUGUACAGAGCUGGAGACAGUCAUGAUGGACUGGCUGGGGAAGAUGCUCAAGCUGCCAGAAGACUUCAUCGCCGGGACACACGGACAAGGAGGAGGUGUCAUCCAGGGUACGGCCAGUGAGGCAACUCUUGUGGCUCUCCUAGCUGCCCGCUGCAGGGUGGUCAGAAUGAUCCUGGCCAGUGACCCACAACGUCCAGAGACUGGCAUUACCUCCAAACUGGUGGCCUACUCCUCCGACCAGGCUCAUUGCUCGGUGGAACGAGCAGGUAUGAUUGCCGGAGUGAGGAUGAAGAAGAUUCCGACGGAGCAGUCAGACAAGUAUGCUGUCCAGGGAGAGACCCUCCGGAGAAUGAUACAGGAAGACAAGGCUGCAGGACUCAUCCCCUUCUACUUCUGUGCUACUCUUGGGUCCACUCCCUCAUGUGCAUUUGAUCACAUUACUGAACUUGGGCCCAUAUGUAAUGCAGAGAAAAUCUGGAUGCACAUUGAUGCUGCAUAUGCUGGGAGUUCCUUUAUCUGUCCUGAAUUCAGACCCCUGUUGAACGGCAUUGAGUUUGCAGACUCUUUCAAUUUCAAUGCACACAAAUGGCUGUUGGUCAACUUUGACUGUUCUACAAUGUGGGUGAAGAAAAGAUCUGAUCUCAUUGGGGCCUUCAAGAUGGAUCCUCUAUACCUGAAACAUGAUCAUCAAGAGUCGGGACUGAUCACAGAUUACAGGCACUGGCAGAUUCCACUGGGCCGAAGGUUCCGCUCUCUCAAGAUGUGGUUUGUGUUCCGGAUGUAUGGGCUCAAAGGCCUUCAGGACUACAUCCGUAAGCAUGUGGAGUUGGCCAAAGAGUUUGAGAGCCUGGUUCGCGCUGACCAGCGCUUUGAGAUCAGCGCAGAUGUCGUGUUAGGGCUGGUCUGCUUUAGACUAAAGGGUUCCAACGAGGUGAAUGAGACCUUGCUGAAGAGGAUCAACAAGGGCAGGAAGAUCCACCUGGUGCCGUGCCUGCUGUCUGGUCAGUUUGUGCUGCGCUUCGCCCUCUGCGCCCGCAACACUGAGUCACGUCACAUCCGUGAGGCCUGGCAACUCAUCACACAGCUGGCCGAAGAGGUCAUGCAGGAGCUGCCCCACUGACCAUCCACAUGGACUAGACAGGCUGGGUUGGUCCAGGAGCUGUAUGUAUCAAGCAGUAUUUCAGAGUUAGAGUGCAUGUCUAGGAUCAGGUCCCCCUGUCCAUUCAUUAUAAUCUAAAAGGCUAAACUGAUCUUAGAUCAGCACUCCUACUCUGAGAUGCUUGAUGAAUAAGGGUCCUAACCCCACCUGACCAUGGCCAGUAUUCAAAAAGUGUCUCAGAGUAGGAGUUUCCAUGUUAUCUUAUUCCUUAUGAAGUAAAAGGCUAAACUGAUCCUAGUUCAGCACGGUUUGAUGCCUACUCUGAGAUUCUACAGGCCUGGAUCUCACUCAGUGGAGGCUCCUGGGGGGAGGACGGCACAUAAUAAUGUCUGAAAUGGAGGGACUGGAAUGGCAUCAAACCAUGCGUUUGACAUAUUUGAUACCAUUCCACUGACUCCGAUACCAGUCAUUACCACGAGCCCAUCCUCCCCAAUUGAGGUGGCACCAACCUCCUGUGAUCUCACUGUUUACAUCAUCAGCAAAUUGCAGCCCUUUCUCUCUGCUGUCUGAUCCCAUGUGUGUAUUUAUAUGUGUGUUUUGUGUGGUUGUAUGUGAAUCAAUUAAUUUGUGUGGGUGAGCGUGACUAAAUUAAAGGGGCUUUUUGGGUGAAGCAAAUCAUAUCCAGAUGUUAAGGUUUUGCCUGAUAAGUUACUGUAGUGUAGGGUUUACUGACAAUACACAAGCAUGUGUUCUAUGUAAAAUGACUGAGUUCUGCUGUGGAGCCCCAGAGUUCUGCUCUGACGCUACAUCAGUGUGCUAAAUGAGAGGCCAGGCUAGAGCCGGGCCCCCCCCAAGGCUCUGUGUAUGCCCCGCCUGCUUCUCCAACCUCACCCACCCUGCCCUGUCCCCUCUCAACCAACUGUUCAUCCAAAUCACUUUAUAGAAGGGUCAGCAUGCUAAAAAUACAGGCAAGUACUUAGUAUGAGUGGGGCUUUAUCCUGUCUGAGAGUUAUCCAGGCACUGAUCACUCAGCUGUGUUUACCUGCUCUAGUGGAGUUAUUAUUUAUCCCCUUAGGGACAUAUUGAUUAAAACAUUGGUGUAGUCUAGGUCCCUAAAACAAGAUUUAAGAGUCAGAAAACAUUGUAUGUUUUGGCUCCAUUAUACAGUAAGAAGAGUUAAAAAAGACUAACCUUUUAGUCUUGCUGUUUGUCUGAAGUAUUGCCUUCCAAUGUUUGAGCUGUUCACUGUUUUAAUGAAGACAAAAAAGUACAAAAAUGAACAGCAUGUUGCGAUUAUGCCAAAGAGAGACACAGGUAUCGUAUGCCAGAGACACAGGUAUCGUAUGCCAGAGUUGGGGCCAUUCCCAUUUUAAAUUCAGUCAGUUCUGAAAAUAAACUAAAAUUCCAAUUCCAAAAUGUUCUCCUAGAGAAGCAUUGAGAAAAAAAAUGUAAUUCCAUAAUCGACUAAAUUAAAAAGGAAUUGGCCCCGACCCUGGUUCAUAACCAGCUUUGUCUUGAACAUCAUAAUAACCCAUGAGACAAAUAAGAGCUCUUAUGGGAGCAUCAGUUAAAACACUUAUAGUAGGCCUUUGCCCUGAAGUGCAUGAAUAAAAUAUUCAGACAACAGUUAAUGUCUCAGUUGAUUUGAAGAGACACAAAAACAAUAUGUACCUAGCUUCACUUAUUGCAGUAGCAGUGAGACAAGGAGGAAUUGACUUGAGAGGGUCUCCCCUUAAGCUAAUAUGAAUGAGUUUCAAAUGUGUGCUUUACUGUAUGCACAUCAUAUGGUUCUGUUGGAUAAACAAACCAGUUGAAUUGGAUUAGACCUUUAAAGCUGUGAAUCCCAGCAUGUCAGAGUCACUCAAAAUAAAUUAAGUCAUCUUAAGAGAUAAAAUAUCUCUCACUGGUUUGAUUCACAAGUCAAGUGUGCCUUUUGAAUGAGGAAUGGAGGGGUGUGUGUGUAGAAUAUGUGUAGUGGUCUCUAUUUGUCUCUUUUGUGUCUUUACUUGAUAUAACCAGCUGACCGCUUCAGUCAACACUAGGGGGAAAUUGCAUUGUACGCUUGAUCAGCUUUUACCUGGCAAUAUGCUGGUAGUGCAAUCCUAUGUUUUUUUGAAGUGUAGAUGUAUUCUUUUAUAGGCAUUUGAGUGGCUUUGUGGCUUCCUGCUGCUUGUCUGCCUUGUGGCAUCAUUGUAUGCUCCUCUUCACACAAAAAAAUAAAUGUGUUUGCAAUGUG